AUGCUGCCUCACUCUUGGAUCAUGGGCCAUCUUCCCAUCAUGUUUGGGUUUCGCAAAGAGUAUCCAGGAGACAUCAAUAUUGGUACCUUCCACCCAUGGAUCAUCAAUAACUACCAGAGAUACUUUCCGGAAAUGGACCACUGCCCUCCAGUCAUUUAUCUGGAUCUCUGGCCUGUGUUGAAGGCACCCAUCGUGGCUGCGUACAAAAACACCAUUGCGGCACAGUUCACCCAGACGAAGAAUCUUGACAAGCAUCAAAUCUCCCUCGACUUCAUGUACCCGCUGACCAAGGGCUUAGACAUCGCUACCCUUCAAGGCGAUGAGUGGAAGAAAUGGCGAGGCUGGUUCAACCCCGGCUUCAGUUCGAGAAAUGUUUCGUCAAUGGUUCCUGAUCUUAUCGAAGAGAUUAAGGACUUUGCGGAUAACUUGCAACAAAAGGCCGGCUCUAAUGGAUCGUGGGGUCGCAUGUUUCAGCUCCGCAACAUGACGACGGCUCUCACUUUUGACAUCAUUGUCCGCGCAGUCUUAAUGGCACUUGCUGACCAGUUGAGGCUCAUGGGCAUAAGACAGGCCUUCAGUUUCGGCUACUUGUUCCCAUGGCAGAACAAAGCCGUGGAUCGUAACAAUCGCAUUGUUCAACACCAGCUUCAACCCAAUAUUAAGAGGCAGGUGGGCGCCGGAUUGACCCAACUAGGUACCGACCAACUUAUGAUGGACACCAUCUUGGGCAAUCUGAAGACCUUUCUUGUUGCGGGCCAUGAGACAACUGCCAGUGCACUGUGCUUCAUGUUCAAGGUUCUCCAGGACAACCCAGACUGCAUGGCCAAGGUCCGCACCGAACACGACGAGGUACUGGGUCUGGAUCCCGACCAAGCUGCUGACAUUCUGAGCAAGUCACCUCAGCUCCUCGGCUCCCUUCGGUAUACACACGCCGUGACCAAGGAGACUCUCCGCCUGUAUCAACUUGCCUCCACCAUGCGAGGAGGAGAGCCGGAAUUUCAUCUCAGUGAUGCUACUACUGGUCUGCAGUAUCCCACCGAAGGGUUUCUUGUGUGGGAUGGCGGCCCGGGUAUGCAGCAUAUUACGUAA